CCUUGCCUGCUGCGUCCCAUCUCCCCUCCCCACCCAGCGCGCCCUCCACCCACAACUCUUUGGGAAACACUCUUUAAUUUUCCGCAAUCUCUUUCCAAAAUGCCACUAACAAAAGCUUUGCAACAUCCAAAGAUCCGGGGUGUGUGUGAAAGGGGUGGCAUUGCCCCCUAUCCUCUAAGAUAUAUUUUUAAAAUGUCUCUUUUUUUUCCCUCCUCCUCUUGCUUUCAGAGAAGCACGUCGCCCUUUAGUUCCAUAGUUCCCUACCUUUGCCCAAAGCUGAAGAGCCAAGGGGGGGAGGAGGGGAAAGAGAGAAAAAUGAAUGGAGCCUGGUCUUGUGUACAAUUGCAUCAAAUACAUUCUUGAAAGCAACCUGGUUCUGCUUAACACUUGAAUUUAAAAAAAAAAAAAAAAAAAAAAGCAAGCAGCUUGGAGAGAGGGUGUAUGCAAUUUUUUUUAUUCUUGCAUUCCUGGACACCAAUCAAAAGAGCAAAUCAAGGGAGGUGGAAAGGGGGAGAGAGCGAGAGAGCAUGUUUAAAACUUUGCGCACACACACACACACCAAAAAAAAAAAUAUCCGAGACAGCUUUUUCCACCUAACACCCAAGCAAACACAAACCAAAACAAAUAGGGAAGAAGAAAAAGAGAGAGAGAGAGAGAGAGAGAGAGAGAGACAGGGCAGAACGAUCAGGGAGAAAGGGAGGCUUCGCCAUUCGCUUGGGGCUUUGGGUUUAGAGUAAUAACUAACCAAAAAGUUUCAUUUCUGUUGAACAAAUUCUGCAGCCUUCCUUCCCCCACCCCAACCCCACAAUCUGAGUCUACUAUGCUAUAUGUUGCUGGGGAGAUUUCAGGAGAUUCUUGGGGGAUCUUUGCCUUCCUGUGCGCCGCACUCUGGAACCUGCCCGCGGUCCCCGCCCUGAACAGCACAGACGAGGUGGGCGCCGGCCAGUCCAUCCAGAAGACCUACGACCUCACCAGGUAUCUGGAACACCAGCUGCGCACGCUCGCCGGCACCUAUCUGAAUUACCUUGGCCCCCCCUUCAAUGAGCCAGACUUCAACCCUCCCCGGAUGACCAGGGCCGAGAUGGUGCCUAGUGCCACUGUAGACUUUGAGUUGUGGCGCAGCCUGAAUGACAAUGCCCGGCUGGCAGCCAAUUACCGGGCCUACACGCACCUGCUGUGCUACCUGCGCGGCAUGGAUGGGCAGGUGGCCAAGGCCGAGCUGCGCAAGAACCUGGGCCACUUCUGCACCAGCCUGCAGGGCCUGGUGGUGAGCAUUGCCAGCGUCAUGUCCUCGCUGGGCUACCCACUGCCCAGCCCGCUGGGCAGCGCCGACCCCACCUGGGCCCAGGGGCCAGGUGCCACUAGCCCCCACAACGACUUCCUCAAGAAGAUGGAUGACUUCUGGCUGCUCAAGGAGCUGCAGACUUGGCUGUGGCGCUCCGCCAAGGACUUCAACCGCCUCAAGAAGAAGGUGCCGCCCGCCGCCCUCGUGCUGCGCCUCGAGGCGCGGGGUUUCUGACCCUUGCCCCCCACACACCAUCACCAUGCUGUGCCUCGAGGUGCGGGGCAUCUGCCCCCUCCCACUCCACUCCCACUCCAGUCAUCAUGCUGUGCCUCAAGAUAAGGGGCUGCUGACUUUCACCUCCCCUCAGAUCUUCCAAACCCAGGCCCCACUGUGCCUCCCACCCCUUACCCCUCUCCCUCCCUUCCAUGGUUCCCAGCCUCCUUCCCAUCUGUGAUGCCAUGCCGCACGGCCUCAUCCUCCCCCCCCCUUUUCCUUAUUCUCCAGCAAGGGACCUAUUUGCUUUCCAAAACAGGGAAAUAACCCUCCUUCCCCCAGUACAGCCCAGAGCAGCAAUAAGCCCCACCCCCAGAUGUGGACAGCAAUAAACCCCCUCCCCUUUCACCCAGAGCAACAAUAAACCCCACCCCCAUGUGCUCCGGGCAGCGGUCAGCACUGUCCAUUUACCAUGGGCAGCCCUAAGCCUUGUCUGGCUUUGUCUCUCGCUGCGUCAUACUCUGUACCUCUGGUUUGAUCCAAUUCUUCCUCCGCAUCCCCCUCCCCUGCUGCAAUCCCCCACCCCUUCUCUCAUGCACAGAGACCUGGACUCAUCCAGCCUUUCCUCAGGUUCAGAGCCCCUGACACUGGCCUGCAGCCUGGCCUCCAUGUCUCCUUGGGUGCUUCCAGCUCUGCGCUCCAUGCAUCACUUCCCUCAUGGCUGGGGGCAGGAGCUGAGAUGGGCAAUGCCACCAGCGCCAGCCCUUCGGUCACGCCUGCAAAUGGGGCAAUCUCACCCCAUGACACCGCAGCAUCGUGGGGCAAGAGGGACUAGAAAUAGGAAGGAUCAGGGUGUGAAACAGGAAAGUCUGGGGAUCUAAAACAGGAAGGGGGAGGGGGAAUGAAACAGAAAAAAUUGAGGUCCAAAACUGGAAGGGGCAGAUGUUGAACCAGGAAAGGUUGGGGUCCAAACCAGGAAGGGGCGGGAUUUGGAAGAGGAAAGGUUGGGGUCCAAAAUAGGGGCAGGGUUUGAAAGCAGACCUCUGGAGCUUCUCCAAUUGCAAUGCUGAUGCAUCUUUUGGCCCCACCUCCUGACAAAACACCCAUGAGGACCAGGAAAGCAGGGGAGCUAAACCAAGAAGGGGUGGGGCAAUAUCCCUUUGCCCUCUCAUGCCAUGACACAUGCAGCAUUUCCUUAAAGUUUACAUUGUCGCAGACGUAGCAUUUGGGCAGUUGUGGGGGCUCUUUACCUGACGUAGGCCCUGCUGCCCACCCCCCUGCCCAUGCUCCAGGUGUGGGAUCAGGGUUAAGGGCCUGUGACCCUGCCCUUCUUCCCCCCACACACACACAUUCCCCCACCGGGUUGUGUUUUUCUUGGUUUGUCUAUAUUAAUAUUUAUUUAUUUGGAAAUAUUAUUUAUUAGAUGGUAUUUAUUGCAGAAUUUUUAUUCUUGUAUUAACAAAUAAAAGGCUUCCUCCAUGA